AUGCGGGUGCAGCUCUUGGUGCUGGCACUUGUGUGCCUAGCAGCCGGGGGCCACGCUUCGUGCCAGGGCAAUGCCUGCCAAGAGCAGGCGCAGGCCGCCCGGGCCGCAGGGCUGCUGGGCGGCACCCUGGGCAGCUGCGCACCCAAGACCUACCCCACCAGCGGCGCCCUGUCUCCGAUAACUCUGGACAACCACAUCAACGAUCUGAAGUGGGCGGCAGGCCCCGACGGCUCCGUCAGCGACAAGUACAUCUUUGCGCUGACAAUGGAGACGGACGGCUUCCCAGGCGGGCCCCUGUACCUCUCAGACAACGGCGGCCAGCCCAACUCCUGGACCGACCUGACGCCCAAGAUUGCGGCGGCGCUGCCGGCGGGCAACGACAGCCUCAAGGGUGUCAUGGAGGCGGUGUGGCACGAGAAGAAGCCGGACCGCAUCUUCUUCCAGGGCAAGGGCCGCUUCCACUUUGUGAGCUCCGACUACGGCGCCACUUUCAAGGCGCUGCCCACCCCGGGCGGCACCGAGGGCUACGCGCAGGAGCUGCGCCUGCACCCGCGCCAGCCCGACUGGAUACUGGCCAAAGUGCGGCGCAACGAGUGCCUGGUGGACCGGCGCAGCGCGGCCUGCGCCUUUGACCUCUUUCUCACCCAGGACUUUGGCGAGAGCUGGGCCAACCUGACCGCCAACUCGGCGGGGCGGGUGGCCUCCUUCCGCGACUUUGACUGGGGCUGCCACCUGGCCAUGUUUGCGGGGAAGCCCACGCCAGACGAGGCCAUCUUUGCCACGGUGUACGCCUCAGCCUCCAGCCAGAAGGGGCUGUACCCUGGGUGGGACAAAGACCUUCACUAUGUGGUGAGCCUGGACCUCUUCAAGACGCCCGUGGUCAAGAUGGUGCCCUGCGGCAACCUGUUUGAGGUGGUGGCCAAGAAGGUGUACCUGGCGGUACCGUCCGACUGCCCCGUGGGCCCCGACGGCAAGGCCCGCGCGGCGCCCAAGCAGGGCAUCACCGGCCGCACAG